AUGGUGCACACCAACGUCGUUAUCAUCGGCUCCGGCCCCGCCGCCCACACUGCGGCCAUCUACCUCUCCCGCGCCGAACUCAAGCCCGUCCUCUAUGAGGGUAUGCUGGCUAACGGCACCGCCGCUGGCGGUCAGCUUACCACCACUACCGACAUCGAGAACUUCCCCGGUUUCCCGGACGGCAUUGGCGGUGGAGAGCUGAUGGAGAACAUGCGCAAGCAGUCCGUUCGCUUCGGUACGGAGGUUAUCACCGAGACCAUCACCAAGGUCGACUUCUCCCAGAGACCCUUCAAGCUGUGGACGGAAUGGAGUGACGGUCCCACCGACGAGCCCGCUCACACUGCUGACGCCGUCAUCAUCGCCACUGGCGCCAACGCUCGUCGCCUCAACCUCCCCGGUGAGGAGAAGUACUGGCAGAACGGCAUCAGUGCCUGCGCCGUCUGCGACGGUGCCGUGCCCAUCUUCCGCAACAAGCCCCUCUUCGUCAUCGGUGGUGGUGACUCCGCCGCCGAGGAGGCUAUGUUCCUGGCCAAGUACGGCAGCAGCGUCACUGUCCUCGUCCGUAAGGACAAGCUCCGUGCCAGCAAGGCCAUGGCCAACCGUCUUCUGUCCCACCCCAAGGUUACCGUCCGCUUCAACUCCGUCGCCACCCAGGUGCUCGGUGAGGAGAAGCCCAACGGCCUGAUGACCCACCUCAAGGUCAAGAACGUCGUCUCCGGCGAGGAGGAGGUUGUUGACGCCAACGGUCUCUUCUACGCUGUCGGUCACGACCCCGCCACCUCCCUGGUCAAGGGCCAGAUCAAGCUCGACGAGGACGGAUACAUCGUCACCCAGCCCGGUACCAGCUACACCAGCGUUGAGGGUGUCUUCGCUUGCGGUGACGUCCAGGACAAGCGCUACCGCCAGGCCAUCACCAGUGCCGGAUCCGGCUGCAUCGCCGCUCUCGAGGCCGAGAAGUACAUCGCCGAGCGCGAGUCCGGCGAGGAGCCCGCCACCUCUACCGAGAAGGCCGCCGUCAAGCCUGCCACCCAGGAGGUUAACGGUGAAGUCAAGCAGGACGGUCAGGGUGCCGCCGCCGAGUACAAGUCCAACCCUCUGCUUUAA